GCAGGCGCGACAGGAUGAUGGCGGAAUCGCUCCCCACGAAUAACUACGCCAACAUCACCACUUUCUACUUCACGUUCUACGAUGAAAUCAAUAAGCGGUAUAUUAACGACAGCAACAGCACAGAGCCGUUCCAGUCGUUUAUACUACCAUCAUGGCGGCAGGCGGUAUGGACGGUAAUCUUCGUCGCCAUGGUGGUGGCGGCCACCUUGGGCAACCUCGUCGUCAUCUGGGUCGUGCUGGCCAACAAGAGGAUGAGGAGCGUCACGCAUUACUUCCUAGUGAACCUGUCAGUGGCCGACGCGAUGGUGUCCACCCUGAACGUGACCUUCAACUUCACGUACAUGCUGCACUCUGAUUGGCCAUUCGGCGACUUCUACUGCAAGUUCUGCCAGUUCAUCGCCGUGCUCAGCAUAUCUGCCUCGGUGUUCACGUUAAUGGCGAUCAGUAUAGACAGAUACGUGGCUAUCAUCAGCCCACUCCGCCCACGAUUGGGCAAACGGGCAACGCUGGGCAUCGCUGCUGCCAUCUGGGCGGGCAGUUCUCUCAUCAGCAGUCCCAACCUUGUGUACUUCACCACCGACACGGUUGACUUACCGGAUGGGACUAGAAGACGUGUAUGUUUCGCGAAAUGGCCGGACUACAACAUAGCUCCUGUUUCACUGUACGACUACUAUUACAACGUAGCGUACAUGAUCCUGACGUACUUCGUGCCGAUCAUAUCCAUGAUGUACACGUACGCGCGGGUCGGGAUCGAACUGUGGGGCUCCAAGUCCAUCGGCGAGUGCACACAGGCUCAGCUCGAGAGCGUCAAGAGCAAACGACGGGUAGUAAAGAUGAUGAUAGUAGUAGUACUGAUCUUCGCUGUGUGCUGGCUGCCGUUCCACGUAUACUUCGUGGUGACGGCGUAUUACCCGGAGCUGACUAACCAGGAGUACAUCCAGGAGGUGUACCUCGGCAUUUAUUGGUUGGCGAUGAGCAACUCCAUGUUCAAUCCUAUGAUAUACUGCUGCAUGAAUUCUAAAUUCCGUAGAGGAUUCAAGCAGUUCUUCCGCUGUUACCGCACGCUGGGCCCGGGCGGACUGCGCAGGCACCGCGCCUUCGGCACGGACCGGCUCGAGCGCUCCGGACACAGCCUCUCGCCUAGCAGGAAAAACGGUACAAGUUGGCCUAGAUUCUUCAAGGCACCACCAACAAAAACGACCAAAUUCUCUACAAAACCGCCAGGGUCCCCUCAUUUGCUGCAUGCAAACAAAAUACACAAGUACGCUCAGAAUGUCGAUGCACAGCACGUACAACAAUACAAUGGUGAUGUCCACCUGACAACGGCGUCGCGCGUCCGCCGCGCCCGGCGAGCGAGCAACGACUGAAGUCGAACGCACGUGGAUAUGACGCGCUCACCCCCCGCGACCUUACCUCACCCCGCAAGAUCUCUACGCGUAAGCCGAUUGGUCGACCAAACGUAGUGACAGUUGGCUUUAAAAUGUAA